CGCCGCCUGCGCCGCGCCUCGCGAGUGCUGUGAGUGAGUGACAUGCGCCAUCUCCAGCGCCAUGAGUGGCAAGGGUUCUUCCUCUCCGGACCUGCUCAUGAAUGUUAGUAUCGACCCCGUGUCCGCGGAUCCCAAGGACAUGAAGAUCUUAGAGCACCCGAGUCUACGCGGCACGCCUUUGGCGAUGCUUGCAGCUCAGUGUAACAAGCUUUCAAGUAAAUCGCCUCCGCCUUUAGCCGACGCAGCCGUCGGCAAAGGUUUCCAUCCAUGGAAGAAAAGUCCUGGCACCCACUCUCCGCCUGGCGCUGGUAUCGCACCGCGGUCCCAGGCUCAGGCCUGUGCGCCGUAUGCUCGGGCACCCACGUCGUGCGCUGCGGCACCAUCAUAUGGCAAUGAGCUCUACUUUCCGUCCUCCGGCGAUCAGCUGCUCGGAAAGAGUGAAUCAAGUGCAAGUCUCGGUUCUAUGUAUUCAAGACACCCCUAUGAAUCUUGGCCGUUCAAUGUUGGAAGUGGUGGUAGCAGUGGCGCAUUGAAGGCAGCAGAAAUGGGGGGCGUCGGUGCGGUUGGAAGUACGUGGUGGGACGUACAUAGUGGAUGGCUAGACGUCGGAGGACAGAUGGCAAAUUAUGCUGGUCAAGAUUAUUCCCAACUUACACAUUCGCUGUCCGGCGGAGCACACUUAUUGCCUCCCGCACCUCAUCUAUUACAAGACGCUUAUAAAUCAGUGCUGCCCACACAAGGAUCUUUCGGUCUUCACGGUCCGGGUUCGCCCGCGCCGCCGGCUCAAGCACCAUCACCCCGAUCACAAAGGCGGUAUGCCGGUCGUGCUACAUGUGACUGUCCCAACUGCCAAGAAGCCGAGCGACUCGGUCCUGCUGGGGCUCAUCUUCGUAAGAAAAACAUACACAGUUGCCACAUACCAGGAUGUGGCAAAGUUUAUGGCAAAACAUCCCACUUAAAAGCUCAUUUGCGCUGGCAUACCGGCGAGAGACCGUUCGUUUGUAACUGGCUUUUCUGCGGCAAAAGGUUUACACGCUCUGAUGAGUUGCAGCGACACCUAAGAACGCACACUGGCGAAAAGAGGUUCGCGUGUCCGGUAUGCAAUAAACGUUUUAUGCGUUCAGACCAUCUAGCAAAGCACGUGAAAACGCACAACGGUGGCAAAAAAGGCAGCUCUGAAUCUUGUUCAGAUUCAGAAGAGAACAGUCAGGGUGAGACCGGUGGUGGCGGUAGGUCUCCCGAGCAUCCAUUAGACGUGAAGCCGGGGGCGCUAGUGUGACGGGGGAGCGCGGCGCUCGCAGUGCCGCACCACGCCUCAACGCUCCUGUGAUACCGCUGCCGCGAGAACAUGACGCUGCCGCCGCUCUCGUCUGUACAUAGCACAUAUCAAGCACUGUAUAUUAAAGUGAAUUUGUAAUAAAAAAAUGAAGACUCGGCAGUGUGUCACUGC